AACAAAUAGGUCAUUUUUUUGGGACUAAAAUUAGACAAAAUGGGUCAUUUCAGGGACAGAGGGAAUAUGUAGUUAUGUAUUCGUAUAUGUGAAGUUAGAACAAGUAUGUAUAGUACAGUAUGAUAUAUUUAAAAAUAGAAAAAAAGAAUAAUUUAAAAAAGAAUGCACAAAGAUAGAAAAAUGAAGUUUCUGGAAAAGACGUAGUGAUUCGUAUCCGCAGCUUCUCGCACUUUCCGCUUGAAACUCAUCCAACCCCACCACACCACAACACAAACACACUCUCUUCUCGAACACCCCACGCCCUCUUUCUCUCUCAUCAUUUAACUCCUUACCACGAACUUUCUAGAACCCCAACAAACAAACCUAUCCUUCCUCUUCCCCCUUUUAUCCUUCUCUCACCUUCCUUCUUUUCUCUCUCCUCCCAAUACAUCAUUCUCCCCUUUCUCUUUCCAUUCCAAUCUUUUCAUUUUCACCAUAUUUUUUGGAUCUGAAUAUUAUUUUACAAUUUUACGCCAUGCAUCCAAUGCCGGUGGACCAAAACGACGAUUCCGCCGGCGGAGGUGGUGCUGCUACUGGUAGUGGUAAUGCUAGCGAUUCGCAACAACGUACUCUUCCGACUCCGUUUCUCACCAAAACUUAUCAGCUUGUUGAUGAUCCUGCUGUUGAUGAUUUGAUUUCGUGGAAUGAUGAUGGAUCCAGUUUCAUCGUUUGGCGUCCUGCUGAAUUUGCUCGUGAUUUGCUUCCUAAAUAUUUUAAGCAUAAUAAUUUCUCUAGCUUUGUCCGGCAACUCAAUACCUAUGGUUUUCGGAAAGUUGUACCGGACCGUUGGGAGUUUGCGAAUGACUGCUUCAAAAGAGGUGAAAAAGCUCUUCUACGUGAUAUACAACGCCGGAAAAUAUCUCCGGCUCCGGCGAUUAAUUCUCCGACGACUGCGGUUGCGUGUCCGACGGCGGUUCCGGCGGCAGUGACAGUUGUAGCGCCGCCUCCGGUAGCGAUUAGGGCAGUUUCACCGGCAAACUCCGGUGAUGAGCAGGUACACUCGUCGAAUUCAUCUCCAGCUCCCGGCACUACGACGUUACAGCGAGUAGCGAGCGGCGCGACGACGACGGAGAUUCUAGAAGAGAAUGAGCGAUUGAGGCGAGAGAAUCUAACCCUAUCGCAGGAACUAAACCAUUUGAGAGGAUUAUGCAAUAACAUAUUGGCAAUGAUGAGUAAUUACGCGACGGGACAAACGGAACCCAGCGGAUUACCGGAAGAAAGACAGUUGGAGUUGUUACCGGCGAAGCCGAUUACAGCGGUUGAGGCCGAUCACGGAGGUGGUUCUAGCGGCGGAGCCACCGCAAGUGGCGGAAGUAAGGGCGGAGAGAAGGCGGAGGAGGAGGGAGAUGAGGGGUGUCCUUGUCCUAGAUUAUUCGGGGUUUCCAUUGGAGCGAAGCGCGUGAGAAGAGACGAUGAUGAAGCGAGUGGUGAAAGAGAGGGGUCUGAUCCUGUACAUACGCAGCAAGAGCAGCAAGGUUCAGGAGAAUGAGAUCUGAGCCGUUGAAUGAUGAUAAUCAAGAUUUAUUGUUAGUGAUCAACGGUCAAGAUUGACUGUUGGGAGAAUGAAAGAGACAUCAGUGAGAGAAGGACGCGUGUGCAGGAAGGGACCCACUAUUUUGGAUAAGAAAAUGUUGAUAUAAUCAUAGAAUUUGUGGGAUUCCUCUAGUUGGUUCUUUAGGUUGGUUUCUAGAAAGUCAAUGAAUGAUGUUUUUGAGAGGGUGGAUUCUGCAAAGGUGGCUGUAGCCUUGAGCCAUUGAUGAUGCUUUUACAUGGAAAAUAAAGUUAAGAGUCCCUCACGUGAACAACGACAAAAGUGUCACCAUGUUUGACAAAAGACGGGGCGAAAGCACUUGGCUAAAAUAGGAUAUUCUUUUCUCGAGGGAAACUCCUAAGACAUCAAAAAUCUUAAUGGAUGUCUAAAAACAUUAGAAACAACUAACAUUGUGUUUGCGAGUAGUGUUUAGAAGUGUCAAGUGUGAGAUUAAUGUUUAGUAGUGUCAUGUAUAGCACAUUUUUCUCUGUUGUAAGUUGUACAUAAGUCAUAGUCAUCGGCUUUGUUUAAUUGUUUGUUGUAUUAUACAAGUGGUAUAGAGGGUGACGUUACCAAAAAUUUAUCAAGCUCUUGUAAAAGUUCAGAGAAAUUGGGUCAAUUUAGGAUUAAUUCAACUAA